GAGUCGUUAAUUCUGGAUGGUGACGCUAUAUAUUGGCUUUAUAUGUUAAGGAAAACAUAGACGAUGAAAAAAAUGAGAAAGGACACGGAAACUAAUAUGACAAUUAGUUCCAGAAGACGGCGGUAGUGAGUCAGUAAAUCAACAUUAAAACCCCGAAGAAGAAGGGCUGCACUGCGCAUGGGUAAAUGACACACGUAACUAAUUAUCAACAUGGCUCUGGUUCCGUAUGUAGAAAAUUCAAUACCUGCGCUGUCAAAACUCCAAAAUUCAUCGGCACAGUUCCGGUUUGCAAAUCACGACCUGCGUCUCGCACAGGAUUGGAAAAACCUCGGGGUGGCAGCAGUUGUGUGGGAUGCUGCAGUUGUCAUGUGUAUGUAUCUGGAGCUGGGGAAAGUGGAGUUACACGGGAAGUUGGCAAUUGAACUGGGCGCUGGCACUGGGCUGGUGGGCAUUAGUGCCACAUUCUUAAUCUUACCAGGUGCCGAAGUGACCAUCACCGACAGAGAACCUGCCCUGGACUUCCUUUCUGCGAAUGUAAAGGCAAACCUGCCCACUGACUGCCAGAGAUCAGUGGUUGUGUCAGAGCUGACCUGGGGUAAGGGCCUUGAACGCUACCCACCUAGCAGAUUUGAUCUGGUUCUGGGAGCAGACAUCGUUUACCUGGAGGACACAUUUGUGCCUCUGCUGCAGACUCUGGAGCACUUGUGUUCGGACACCACUGUGGUGCUGCUGGCCUGCAAGAUCCGCUAUGAGCGAGAUAGAAACUUUUUGAGCAUGCUCAAGCUGCGGUUCAAAGUUGAAGAAGUAUACUAUGAGAAGCAAAGGGACAUCCAUGUAUAUAAAGCUUGUAAACUGCCACGUAGGAGGGACUUGUGACAACUUGGCAUCCUAACUAGUCUAUGUUCUUUCACCUGCCUUCUGAUUUACUGUUUUCACAUAAGAAUCAAAUGAAAGAGUACCAGAAAGACAUUUAUUAACAGCUGCCAAAAAUGUAAUAUUUGAAAAGCUUUAACAUAAUGCACUGUAUCAUACAAGUUGGUGCUAACAUUUAGAAAUUGUGAAUAAAAAAUUAAUGAAAACCAACAUUUAAAAAAAAAAAAAGCGUACUAUUUAAUGACAAUACACAAUACCUAAAGAAUACAUUGUGGCAUUCCGUUAUAAUGAAAAUAUCCAUUUUGUUCACUGAAGUUUUUUUUCCUGUUUUUUUUUUUUUUUUUAAAUUUGGUCACACUAUUGCAGAGUGUUUGAUAGGUAAAAGGAUGAGAUUUGAUGCUCCAUAAAAUUAAUAACAUUUUGUCAAAUGCAUGAUGAUGAUUAAUGAGCAACAUAACACUCAUGGACACUUGAUGAUUAAUUACAGGUUAGUAGUGUACUCAAGUAAAAUUUAUAGAGGCCUCUCAACAGGCUUUGUCUGGUAGAGCUGUGCUGAGAUUCUUCUGUUAAAUCGUGAUUGUAAAUGCAAAAAAAGUGCGCAUGACACUUUGUAUUAAACAGAUUUUGGAGACAG